UUAGGUCACAGGACCUGUGACCUAAUGUACUCCUAAGCUGCUUUUAAAUCCAAUGCUUAGUCAAGCAAAGUGUAGAUAUGCUGCAUUGUAUUCACCUAAUAACUCUCCUGUGGUUGGCCCGUCUGGUCUGGUGUGCUUUCUCCUGAAUGCCCCGGCCUUCGGUGGUCCUGCUUCCUUUAAGCCAUGAUAUCAAACUGGGCGUUGGCAAGUUCUAAGCAAGACAUACAUGCUUUAGAAGUUUUGUAGUACUGGCAUUGCAGCUUGAGGAAAAAGCUGGGGGUAAUCCUUGACCCAAAUUAGACACAUGGGCCUCAGAUUCCACAGAUUUGUGAAUCAAGAUCAGACAACACUCCUUGGUUUGAAAAGGAUCCUUCAGAUUCUGUAACUUACAACUUGUGACUAAAAUUGAAAUUUUCUGGUUCAACUAAAUACUGAGUUACUCGACUGGGCGUUCUGUUCUAUUCCAGCUGUACUGCACACACCAUUAAGAACCAUGGUGGAAUUCACAAAGUGUUAGACUCUUCUGGACUCUGUUGUAAGAACCACACUGAGUACAAAGUGCUAUUCAUGGUCCAGAUACUUGAGACGUUUGGCAAAUCUAAAGCUCCUCCUCCGAUUUCCCCCGAUUGUAAAAGUCCUCAAUUAAAACGUCUAUAUUGCAUCAGUGAACAUUCAGCCUAAAAAAUAAGUUUAAAACUUGGAGUAAAUUUUACCUGUUAUAUCUUUAUGACCGUCUUUUCUUGUGUGCCCUCACGUCUGAGCUGCUCAUGUUUCAGUUAUUAAAGUGCACAUAGCGCCCACAAUCCCUCUGGACGUAUCUAGUUCCAUCUGAACAGAGUUCGUUGUUCACGUUGACGCAGAAACAAAACAGUAUGUGUGUUGUCAUACCGCGGCCUUGAAACUCUUCCACUCUUCAGGUUGGUUUUAUUAAAAAGUGGGUUGUCCCAGGUGCGUGGACCACCUGAGCAGGUGGGACGGGCUACAGAGGCGCCCCUGAUCUGCCAGGCUUUGUUGCACAGACCUGAACAGCUCGAUCACCUUGCGGAGCUUUCGCUUUAUAUAAGAUGGUUUUCCUAACGACUAAAAUGAUGCAAAGGACUGCUCUCUUUGUGACAUUUGGGGGUUUGGUCACUUCCCUGAUCACCACCUUCCUUCCCUUCUGGAAGACCAUGAACUCUGACCUGAACGAGGUGGAGAACUGGUUCUCUGGGCUGUGGCACACCUGCCUAUACACGGAGGAGGUGGGAAUUCAGUGCAAGGCCUAUGACUCCGUCCUGGGCCUGCCGAUGGACCUGCAGAUCUCCAGGGUGCUGAUGUCAGUGUCUAUAGGCACUGGAGGUCUGGCCGUGCUGGCUUCCUUCCCGGGCCUCGAGGGGGUGGAAAUGUGCUCGGGGCAGCCGGGCAUGAAGAGGAGGCUGCUCAUCCUCGGCGGCGUGCUGUCCUGGGUGUCGGGGCUCACCACUCUGGCGCCGGUCUCGAUCGUAGCCUACACGACGGUGGUGGAGUUCUGGGAUGAAGGGUUUCCUGAUGUGAUGCCCCGCUGGGAGUACGGGGAGGCCAUGUUCUCUGGAUGGUUUGGAGGUUUGGCGCUGCUCAUUGGCGGGACCUUGCUUUUUGUGGCUGUGUGCAUGGGGGACUACGACCAGCGGCCACCAAGUGUGUCCAGCAGCCCGAGGGCGAAGCACAGCAAGCAGCACUACCUGAAGACGGAGGUGUUAUAGACUUUAUUUAUGCCUGAAAUCCUUUUCAAUACCACAGCUGCCAAGAUGAACUAGUAGAAGUAAUUUUCUUGUCCCUCCUGUGAACAUAAUUUAGCUGAAAUAAUAUCCUCUCCUAGUGAUUUAUAUGUAAUGGGAAUUAACUAACUGCAGUCGUUUUAUUAACGUUUUGCGUUGGAGCAAUACCACAAUAGAAAUAAUAUCAAAGGACAAAAAGGAAAACUGUCUUUUUCUCUCGUGCAGUGCAAGUCAACGUUGCAUUUGUAAUUAAAUGUAUAUCUGAGACCUAAGGUGCGUCUAUGUAUUUUUCCCACUCAGCUUCACAUCCAUAUUUGAAAACACAGGAAGGAAACCUGCAAGAAAAGUGAUGUUAUCACAGCAUGUGUCUUUGAAUGAAACUGCAAAAAUAUACAGUAUUUCUGCACCCGGUUGUUCAAACCACAACUA